AUGAGUAGAGAUAGAGGGAAGAACCCCCAAAUUAACCUUUCCGAGAAGCCACAGAGUGAUGGUGGUGCUGGAAGUUAUGAAUCCCAUGGUACAGCCUUUACUGUUACCAACGGUACUGGUAACCUACCAGAAGGUUUUACCAAGUAUAUCCACACACCAAAUAUAAAACAAAUCACUCUAGAUGGAUAUCUUCAAGAUGGAAGUAAGGUAAGAACGGGAAUACCCAUAGAAAAUGUUACUGAGGUUUCUGCUUACUACUGGGAUGGCCAGCCAGAUAUACCUAUCCUUCUUAGGAUUAAGCAAAACAAAAAGAGGGCAACCGAGUAUUAUGGUAGAUUCAGCGCAAAAUCUUGGUUUUCUUCUAAGGUGGAAAAUAUGGAAGAACAAGAAGCACUGGACCAUCAAAAUUGUUACAUUAAUGGUGCUAUUCCAAUAGACUUAACAAAUCCUACAGAUAUUGAACAAUUCAAAUUCGGUAAAGAAAAAUCUAACUGUCUGAAAAACGCAUUUAUAGAACCCUCCAACAAAUCUAAUCUCCCACCUGGAGCUACUAAUUACAAGGUAUGCGCCUAUCAACUCACAGGUGGUAAAAGAAUAUCUAGACUUACCUAUGAUGGUCAGCCAACCAACAUUCCUCCAUAUACUCAAUAUGGACCUACCUUGAAUAUUUAUUACUGGAAGGAAGAACCGAGUGUUCCGCUGAUAGUUGAGUUUAAGCCUACUCAAGGUGAUUCUACUUGGUAUGAAAAUGCUGGUAAAAAUCUACAUUAUACUAGCUGGAAACAGAUUCUUCAACCAGAUGUGUUAAGUUUUUAUAAUCUUCGAGGGGAACUUACUGAUGAUUUUAUCAUAAAGUUAAAUGAGAUAAACUGUAAUCUCAACGAUGUUCUUCAAAUAGAUAUAAGAAAUAAACCAGGUGAACAAUAUUGUCAUGGUAAGACAAAUGAUGGACAUGCCAAGAAGGUAUCUGUUAAACCGGAAAAGGUAAAAAUUUCUGGAUUCGGUGCAUAUAAACAUUACAUGAAAUAUUUCUCAGGAUCUAAUAACUUUCACGUAUCAGGGUUUACUGGAUAUUUAACUCUAAGGGGAUUUCGUGAACUGCCAUUCAGAAAUGCUACUGGAGUUAUAGUAUUUUAG